CCCCCACUUGUUUUAGUCGCUGCCCGCAAAAACCAUUCCUCCUCCUCAGACCUCAGUCUUCUCCUCCAUCGCUAUUCCAAAAGCUCAGAGCUUGAUUUGGCCGUCAAUGGCGGCCUCGGAGACCCCCAACGGAACGACCUUGAGGCACGCUUUUGGAAAUGUCCUCUCCUUCUUCAUCCUCAUCCUGAUCGGCGUCCUCGCAUUUUCGAUCCGGCUCUUCUCUGUUAUAAAGUACGAGAGUGUAAUUCACGAGUUUGAUCCGUACUUCAAUUACAGAGUCACUCAGUUUCUGACGAAGAAUGGUAUAUACGAUUUUUGGAACUGGUUUGAUGACCGAACCUGGUAUCCUCUUGGUCGUGUGAUUGGUGGAACUGUGUACCCUGGAUUGACCUUGACAGCAGGAUCCCUAUGGUGGUUUUUGAAUUCAUUGAACAUUCCUCUUUCCGUGGAAACUAUCUGUGUAUUUACUGCCCCUAUAUUCUCUGCUUUCACAUCGUGGGCAACAUACCUGCUGACUCGGGAAGUUAAGGGUGCUGGUGCUGGACUAACAGCUGCUGCUCUUAUAGCCAUGGUCCCGUCAUAUAUUUCUCGGUCAGUUGCUGGAAGCUAUGACAAUGAAGCUGUGGCUAUUUUUGCUUUGAUCUUCACUUUCUAUCUUUAUAUAAAGACUCUGAAUACAGGAUCCCUCUUCUAUGCAACUCUUAAUGCCAUAGCGUACUUUUACAUGGUUUGCUCUUGGGGAGGCUACACAUUUAUUAUUAACCUUAUUCCAAUGCAUGUGCUUCUUUGCAUUGCAACUGGCCGCUACUCCUCUCGUCUAUACAUUGCAUACGCUCCUCUUGUUGUUUUGGGAACGUUGUUAGCGGCUUUGGUGCCGGUGGUUGGAUUCAAUGCUGUCAUGACAUCAGAACAUUUUGCUUCCUUCUUGGUUUUUAUUAUUUUACAUGUGGUCGCUCUUGUCUACUAUAUCAAAGGGAUUCUCUCUCCGAAAAUGUUCAAAGUGGCUGUCACGCUUGUAGUAUCCAUUGGCCUGCUAGUAUGUUUAGCUGUGGUAGCAGUACUUGUAGCUCUGGUAGCUUCCAGCCCAACAAAGGGAUGGAGUGGACGAAGUCUAAGUCUACUUGAUCCAACUUAUGCGAGCAAGUACAUACCAAUUAUUGCUAGUGUUAGCGAGCACCAGCCUCCUACUUGGCCCUCUUACUUUAUGGACAUUAAUGUGUUGGCCUUCUUGGUUCCAGCUGGAAUUAUUGCAUGCUUUUCACCCUUAUCAGAUGCCAGCUCUUUUGUGAUCCUCUAUAUUGUAACAUCAGUAUAUUUCUCUGGAGUCAUGGUGCGACUUAUGCUAGUACUUGCUCCAGCAGCGUGCAUCAUGUCUGGGAUUGCUCUGUCUGAAGCUUUUGACGUUUUCACACGAUCAAUCAAGUUUCAGUUACCUGGUCUUCUAGUGCCUUCCCAAGUUGAUGCAGGGGAAACCAGUUCCGAGAACACUGUAUCCCAGAAUGAAGUGCCGAAAGCAGAUAAAAGUGCAGACACAUUAAAGGAGAGACCCUCGAGAAAGAACAGGAAGAAGGAAAAGGAAGCGGUUGAAAAGCCUUCCAUUAAAUCUCAAAUUGAAAAGAGGCUUCUGGUUUUACCAUUUGAGGGAUCUAUUCUUGCUAUAUUUCUACUUGUGUUGCUUGGAGCCUUCUAUGUGGUUCAUUGUGUCUGGGCAGCAGCAGAAGCUUAUUCAGCCCCGUCUAUUGUUCUAACUUCUCAUUCACAUGAUGGUCUUCAUGUUUUUGAUGAUUUUAGAGAGGCUUAUGCGUGGCUAAGCCACAACACUGAGGUGGAUGAUAAAGUUGCCUCUUGGUGGGAUUAUGGGUACCAAACUACUGCCAUGGCUAAUCGCACAGUCAUUGUUGACAAUAAUACAUGGAACAACACGCAUAUUGCAACCGUGGGUACUGCCAUGUCUUCACCAGAAAAGGCAGCUUGGGAAAUUUUCAACUCGUUGGAUGUAAAAUAUGUCCUCGUUGUUUUUGGAGGUCUUGUUGGCUACCCCAGUGAUGAUAUUAACAAGUUCUUGUGGAUGGUCCGAAUUGGAGGGGGCGUAUUCCCUCAUAUCAAGGAACCUGAUUACUUAAGGGAUGGCCAGUAUCGCAUUGACAAUCAAGCGACCCCCACUAUGCUAAAUUGUCUCAUGUACAAGCUCUCUUAUUACAGGUUUGUGGACACAGACGAAGGCUUUGAUAGGGUGAGGCAAACAGAAAUCGGAAAGAAACAUUUCAAACUUACUCAUUUUGAAGAGGUGUUCACAACUCACCAUUGGAUGGUUCGGUUAUACAAACUAAAACCGCCAAAGAACAGGAUCCGAGGAAAGACAAAGAAGUCAAAAUCGAAAUCGAGCUCAAUGAGUGGCACAAAGAAGAGCGGAAUGAAAAGGAAUCCUUGGCACUAAUCUGUGGUCACGUAUCUGUAAUCUCAUGACAUAUAUACAGAAACGCUGAGAGGGCCUCUGGAGAAAGUGAUUGAGAUCAGGCAUAGUUUUAGUUGAUCAUUUCUUACAAAACCCAAAUCGAUCAAAAGAUUUUGUAGCCACUUGUGAUAUGGAUCUUGACUUGUAUACUCGUUUUACAGCAUAAUCUUUUUAACAGAUUGUUUAGGCGAAAAA